UGACUACUCUGUCUUUGUCUGUGGUUUAUAACUUUUUAUUUUGUGGUCUGUAUGCUUGUCGACUGUCGUUGUCGUUCGUUAAAUUUCCAAUAGACCAUUCAGUCGAGUUUGUAAAAUUUAAAGGGAAUAUAUAUAGUUCUAACAUGGAGGUGGCAGCUGAAAAAAUUCCUGAAGAAAAUACAGAAAGCGCACAAGCCCAUAAUAGCAAUGAUGAUAAAACACCAUCACCACCACCUAAUAAACCACUAAAAAAAUCAAAGAAAGAGGAUCGCUGUAAAAGUGAUGAUAAAAACUAUGAACAGUUUAUGAAAUCUCUCAACUCUUUACCCAGUACGGACCAGAAAUUUGCAGCAGUGUGUAAUAAGUAUUCACAGGCUUCUGAAGACAAUAAAAAACUGAGAUUUUAUAUUAAGCAAUCGGAUAAGCGUCAUGCUCUAUUGAUGAAGGAAAAAGAACACUUACAGCAUGAAUUUAACAAAACUAUUCUUGUUAAAUCAAAAUUGGAAAAUCUCUGUCGUGAAUUACAAAAACAAAACAAAGCUAUCAAGGAAGAGUCUUUGCUUAAAAUACGUGAAGAGGAAGAGCGCCGUAAAGAGACUCAGGCCAAAUUCCAGAACACGUUGUCAGAGAUCACCACUCUGCUGCAACAAAAUAAUGAGAAAAAUGUCAAGCUGAGAGAUGACAAUAACAGCAUGAAUGAGAAGUUUAAGAGUGUUGUCCAACAAUAUCAAUUAAGAGAGCAACAAGUCGACAAAAUGGCUAAACAAAUGGCUUUAGAAUCUCAGUUAGCUGAUGCAAAACUACAGAAAGCUAAUUUAGAGUUUCAAGCUGAAAAAGAGAGAAUCUUUGCUGAAAUGGAACAACUUAAAGUGGCUGCAGCACAGUACAAAGCUAAAAUCUUGGAGCUUCAAGGAACUGAGAUGGCUCUAAAGGGGCAACUUGCUGUGUACACAGACAAGUAUGAUGAGUUCCAGAAUGCCUUAGUCAAAAGCAACCAGGUCUUUGGAGGCUUUAAGGAACAAAUGGAAACGAUGUCUAAGAAGAUAAGAAAACUCGAAGAGGAAUCACUAUCAUGGAAAAAAAGGUGGGAGAUUUCACAGAAGGCAUUGCUUGACAUGUGUGGAGAAAGGCAAACAAGUGAGGAGAGACAUACUGCUACUCAGAGACAACUGCAGCAUAUGCAGAGUUUGUGUCGUAUCUUGCAAGCUGAGCGAACUGUGUUACUUAACACAUUGAAAGACAAUAAAAUUGAACGACCGGCGCUACCUGUUGGGCCUUUGCCUGUGAGUCCUGCGCAACCCCCAACUCCUGCUCCAUCUCCAUCAGAUAAAAAGGUGGAUGCCAUGGUCGCAAAUUGCGCUCAAUUGAGGCAAAGUUUGGCACAUUUGCAAAGUCAGUUGAAUGUGUUGACUACAAAUAAAAAUGGUACUAAAGAAGAGCAGCCUAAACCAGAAAAACAAAAGAAAUCAAAAUCGAAAAAAAGCAAAGGUGAAAAACAAGUGCCAAAAUCAGACGUCGAGAAAAUAGAUUCAGUUAAGGAAUCCGAGAAUUCUGUCGAAGAAUUGAGUUCAGUUAAAGAAAUUACAGGGGAAAUUGACGAGCAGCAAGUGCUCAGGGAAAAUCUAAAUGAAGCAACUGCAGAAACCGAAGAGAAACUUGAUGAAAAAACUGUAGAAAAUCUGAUUCAGGCCCUUAAUAUGGCUAAUGUCAACUUGUGCAGUUUGGAAGAUGGAAAUUAUGAAACAAACGAAAUGGUAAAUGAAACAACAAAUGAAGUUGUAAAAGAUGAAGAACUUGAAAUUAUAAAAGGCGAAAAUGUUGAAGUUGUAAAUGACGAAAAUCAUGAAAAGGUACAUAAUAUUUCCUGUGAAAACCUUAAGGAGCUUAAUGGGGUGUCUCCUGUCGAAAUUGUACCUAAUCCACAAGUAGAAAUGUUGCACAUACCGGAAUUGAAAUCUAAUUCAAAUGAGAUUCCAUGAGAGAAGAUUUUGCUCUUAAAGUUUGUUAGGUUGCAUGUAGUGUUUGAUUUUAUUCUCAAUUUUUUAUAUUAUUUAAGUAAACAGAAAAUUACGGUUGUCAUAAUUUUCUGUAUAACUUUUAUAAACAUAAAAAAUACAAAAGAUUUUAUUUCGUAAUAUUUAGACGG